AUGGCGUCCUCCCAACAGACGAUCCGCCGCACGAUCGACUGCGACUGCACCACCUGCCUCAGCCUACGUCAGGCGCGCAAGCACAUCCAUGCCGCCGUCUCCAACAUUUCCUUCGCGGGCGGCGAGAGAGCCGCGGUGGAAAAGAUUGCUGCGGCGACCAACCUCCUGAGCGACGCGCAGUUGUUGCUCCAUCGUGUCCACCAGCCGCAGAUGUACGACCAUACUACGGGCGACCUGCGAGCGGAUCCAGGACCUCCGGUUCAGACCUCUCCGACUCGAGUCCUCGAUGGCGCUCCGCCCCAGGUCAUGAAGGCUUCCCCCGCGGAGGCAGAUGGCGCAAGCUCAACUCACAACCGCCAGGUCACGAAUCCGUGGGCCGCUAGCGACGGCAAUGGAUCUCCCACAAAGACAAGCAGACCAAAUACGUCCAAGGCGUUCGACGAAACUCUCCGUGCCAGAGCUGCCGAGCUUGGCAUCUUGCGCGACAGCGCUGACCUGUCCGCACAGGUGAGCAGACUGUGGAAGGAGGUUUUGAGGGAAAUUGACUGACGAUGGGACAGGGCACUUCACCACCAAAGUUCACCAACUUCGUCGACCCUCUCACUUUCCGCGACACCAGUUCGUCAGCCAAGGACAAGUCUCAGUUCAUUGUCUGCGACCACUGCCGGUAAGCCUGAGGCCUGAAGCCGGACCCAGCUUUCGGGCGCGCGGAUACUGAUGUGUUACUACAGCUCGCAUGGCAUCCGCUGCAACGAGGCUUCGGUCUGCAAGGAGUGCAUCCUGCGUGAGGUGCCAUGCACCCACCGGCAGUGUGACCUGAGCCCCAACAGCAGAGCCGAGUGUCCUCGCCAAGUCUGCUUCUAUGUCCACGGCGACUGGAUGCCAGACAUCUACGGAGGUCACAACCCAAAGGAUCCAAACUGGCUCAUCCUACCGGGCAAGCUUCGCGAGCGGCUCUCUGCUGGCCAGCUGAGCAAGAUAUCACACAAGGACGACGCCGAGACAACGCGCUGCUAUCAGAGUGUGGCCGCUCGACAGGCUACGGCGGUCAAGGAGAUGGGCAAGUGCGUGCAGGCCGGCAUGGGCACGUGGGAGACCGUGGCAGUGAGUGUCCUCUGGUAGAUUUCCCUUGCUGGAGCCGUGUGCUGACGGCGAUGACAGAUGAAGUGCGCCUGUGUCGAGAUCGAACGUGAGGAGCAGCGCACCCGAAGUGCCGAGGAGAACAUGCGUCGGCUGGCCCUCUCCUCUACAAGCAGUGAAUAA